AUGGCUGAUAAUACAGACGAUUAUUCCUACGAUUACGAAUAUCUUUACAAAAUAGUGCUUAUCGGGGACUCGGGGGUAGGUAAGUCGAAUUUACUAUCACGAUUCACUCGUGAUGAGUUCAACUUGGAGAGCAGAUCAACUAUUGGUGUUGAGUUUGCAACUCGUACAUUAGAGAUUGAUGGUAAGAGGGUCAAGGCACAGAUUUGGGAUACCGCUGGACAAGAAAGGUAUAGGGCCAUUACAUCCGCAUACUAUCGAGGUGCUCUUGGUGCAUUGAUUGUGUACGAUAUUGCCAAAACUGAGAGUUAUGAAAGUGUUAGCCGUUGGUUGAAGGAGUUGAAGGAACAUGCUGAUGCAAACAUUGUUAUUGAAUUGGUGGGUAACAAAUCCGAUUUGGACCAUUUGCGAGCUGUUCCCACCGACGAAGCCAGGAAUUUUGCUAUGGAAAACAACCUUUUGUUCACAGAAGCAAGUGCUUUGAGCUCUGAUAAUGUGGAUUUGAGUUUCCACCAGUUGUUGAAGAAUAUAUACGAAAUGAUUUCCAAGCACCAAUUGGACACUAACGAACAAGGUGGGUUGAAAGCAGCUACAAAUGGACCAACAAUUAGUUUGACCCCUGCUCCGAAAGAAAGAAACCGUAAUAAAAACAACGGUGGAUGUUGUUAG